AUGGCCCCCAAGAACAACGCCAAAGGAGGCGACAAGAAAGGCAAGGGGAAAGAUGCAUCCGAUGGGGACAAGGGGAAGGGAGGAGGAAAGGGGUUGAAGCCCGCUACGUCGAUUAAUGUCAGACAUAUUCUUUGCGAGAAAUUCUCGAAGAAGGAAGAGGCGCUGGAGAAAUUGCGCAACGGUGCCAAAUUCGACGAUGUCGCGAGGGAGUACUCGGAGGAUAAGGCUCGGCAAGGCGGCUCUCUUGGGUGGAAAGUCCGAGGCAGUCUCAACGCGGACUUUGAGAAGGCUGCGUAUGAGCUGGAGCCCAGUACGACGGCGAGCCCGAAGUAUGUGGAGGUGAAGACCGGGUUCGGGUACCAUAUCAUCAUGGUUGAAGGGAGGAAGUAG